CGCCCAUCACCUUGGUCAUCAACCCAGCUUGCUCCUUUCCAGUCUUGGGUCUAAGACCUUGACAACCAUGAAGCUUCUCAUACUUACCUGCCUUGUGGCUGUUGCUCUUGCCAGACCUAAAAGUCCUGUUAGACCCCGAGAAAUCAUUCAAAAUCAACCAGAUAACCAUGAGCAGGAAAUCCUGAAACAAAGAAAUUUUCUCAGGCUUGAUGUGGCUACACCAGUUGAACUUACACAGGAAUACUUCAAUCAACUGAACAGGCAGAGAGAACUUCUGAGACAAAAAGAGAGUGAAGAAAUCCAGGAAACUAGGAAUGAAGCAACUGAGGAGCGCAUGACGGCAGAGACCGAGAGGGAUUCCAGCAUCAGCUCAUCAAGUGAGGAAGUUGCUCCCAAUGCCAUCACUGAGGAACAGGUUAAGAGAAUGAGCAAGUACAACCAAGUCCAGCAGGAACAGGUUCAAAGGAUGAACAAGUACAACCAAGUCCUGCAGGAGCAGCUUCGCAGAAUGAAUGAAUACAACCCCAUCCAGAGAGAGCCCCUAAGAGUGGUGAAUCAGGAGCAGGUCCCAGUCUACGUUGAGCUUAUCCCACAAAUCAACCCGCUGAAUGCCUACCCUUAUCCCGCAUGGUAUUACCCCCCACAGUACAUGGCAAAUCUUCCCCUCCUGCCAUUCCAAGACUUCUCAAGGCCCACCGCCUCCGAGAACGUGGAAACAACUGACGUCAGGCUGCAGUUGUGAAGAAUUAAGUCAAUUCUCAAGAACUCCACAAUUAUGGCCUCUGAUGUGACUGAAAAUUCCAUUCUCUGAAUUCUACUUCCUGCUUCUCAUGGAAAACCAUCCUGUCCGAAGGGUUUGGCUGUUUCUUAAAAGAGGAAAACCCUGUUUUCAGUACAGCCUUUCUUCUUGGGUUAUCUGCUGUAUUUUAGAUGGUGCAUCAUCUUUUUCUUUAACUAAAUCUUUCUGGAGAGUUUCUUGUUCUAAGUCCCAGUUAUGUUAUGCCAGCAUGGAGGGCUCUUAA